UUAUUCGCCCACAAUUGCUGAUAAAAUUCACAUCCACCAAGUGGCCGACAGUGCCACCAGCACUAGUCUCAUGAAGUCAUAAUAAGUGCCAUCUUCCUGAUACAUCUUCUCCAACAAUCGACAACUCCCUAUAAAAAAAAGAAAAGGAAAAAAGAAAUUUCUCCAAAAGCUUUUCACAAAAAUGGCGGAAUUUGUCUUAACAAAAUUAGCAGAGUCCGUCUUGUCCCAAUCAGUAGAAAGAAUCGCUAAGCUUCUCAUCCAUGAAGCUGCGUCCUUGAGGAAUGUGAGGGAUGAUGUGGUGCUUUUGCAAGAUGAACUGCAGUCCCUUCAGGGCUUCAUAAAAAGUGCAGAUACCAAGCAACAUCAUGACAAGCACCUCCAAUGGUUGGUACUAAAAGUGAAAGAUGUAGCUUCUGAUGCUGAGGAUGUUAUUGAGACUUACAUCUUCAAAGUAGCCUCCUCUUACAUCAAAGCUUGUCAUAAUAAAAGAGCUCGAGCCCAGAUCAGCUUUGUUCGAGAGAGGAUCAAAGUCAUCUUUACAAGUAUGCAGACUUAUUGGAUCGCAUCUGUUGCUGCUGGCGAGGUCGAGGCGAGUGUUUCAACGGUGGAGCUGCAGCGGAAGCUGAGAAGAAGAUCUCCAAAUGAAGAAGAGGAGGAUGUUAUUAUCUUGGAGGAUAGCUUCAGGGAUUUAACAGCUAAACUGACCAAUGUGGAAGAUCAGCUCCGCAUUGUCUCUGUAGUGGGCAUGGGCGGUUUGGAGGAUGGUCUAAAUGACUGGCUUCAAGGAGAGCUCAAAGAGAAGCGGUGUCUGGUGGUACUUGAUGACAUAUGGACGACUGUAGAUUGGAAUUCUAUAAAAGGUGCUUUCCUAGGAGGAAAGGAGGGAAGCAAGCUUCUGUUUACCACUCGCAAUGAGGAAGUAGCAACAUCUGCUGAUCCAUUGAGCUCCAUAAUUAAACCUCGUAUUUUGACAGACAAAGAGAGUUGGGAGCUUCUACAAAAAAAGGCAUUUCCAAAAGGAGGUUGUCCACAAGAAUUUGAGGGGGUGGGAAUGCAGAUGGCCACAAAAUGUGGAGGACUGCCUCUUGCAGUGAUCGUACUUGGUGGUUUGUUGAGGACAAAAACUACAUUUAAGGAAUGGGAGAAGGUGUUGGGAGAUAUAAAUUCAUACUUGAACAAAGUGCAAUCACAUCAAGAAUAUGAAGGAGUGAAUGAAAUAUUAGCCUUGAGCUACUAUGAUCUGCCUUACUACUUGAAGCCCCUGUUUCUAUAUUUGGGCAACUUCCCAGAGGAUACUGAAAUACCCAAAAGUAAAUUGGUCCGAUUAUGGAUAGCAGAAGGAUUUAUACCCAGGCCCAAACCGACAACGAGGAGAAGAGAAGAGCUGAAACAAACAUUGGAAGCUGUAGCAGAAGGACACUUGGAAGAGCUGAUCCACAGGUGCAUGGUUCAGGUGGAGAAAAGGGACCAUACAGGAAUAGGUGUCAAAACAUGCCGCAUGCAUGAUCUUAUGCGAGACUUGUGUAUAUCCAAGGCAAGAGAGGAAAGCUUUGCUCAGAUUAUCCAGCAGCAGCAUGAGAGCAACUUGUCUACUGAUGUUUCUGCGGCUUCUUCAUAUGAGCAUUUGGGUAGUGGUCAUUCCCGAAGACUAGUCAUCCAUCCUGGUUUUGAUCGUCGUUUCAGAAAACCUUGGGCAUGCAGCACCUUUUUCAGAAAGCUGCUUGGUUGCAAUAAUAAUCCGUCUUCUUCUUUGGUGGAGUCUAAUUGGGUGGAACAGCAGGUACAUCCCAAUCUUCGUUCUCUUUUGUGUUUGGGUGGCAUUCUUUCUUUAUCAACAUUAAAAUCAAGCAAUUUCAGAAUGUUGAGAGUGCUGGAACUUUAUUUUAGAUUGGGAUCUAAAAUUCCUGGAGGCAUUGGUAAUUUAAUUUGCUUGACAUAUUUAAGUCUCUCGUGUGGUAAGUAUGAAGAUAUAAGUCUGCCAUCCUCCAUAGGUAAUCUGCGCAAUUUGUACACUCUAGAUCUUGGGAAUAAUGCGAAUGUCAGAGGAUCAGUGGGAAAGAUAUCAAGAUUGGUACGUUUGAGAUAUCUGUCACUACCACGUUAUCAGCACAAUCAAAGUGGUUUUCGAAUAGAUAAACUAAAAGAUAUUGUGACCUUAAAGAAUAUACCAGCUUGUGUGUUGAUUAGAUCAUAUGAUGCACUACACAAAUUGACUAAUCUUCGAAAAAUAUCGAUAGUCUGUUCUGGGUUUUAUCAUAAUUAUAAUGAAGAUCAUGUGAGAAGGGUGUUGAGGUCCCAAAUCGUUCGAUCAGGCCGCCUAACAUCCUUGCGAAUCUUGAUAAAAGGACUGUUGAUAGAAGGCACCGAAGCUGGAUUUCCAAGUCUGAAAUCACUUUCCUAUUGUAAGAGUCUCUCUAAAUUAGGUUUGUGUGGGAAGAUGAAAUUACAACAACAGCAAGGAUUAAUACGUCUUCCACAAAGCCUUACCAAAUUGACUCUGCGCAUGUCUUACAUGGAGCAGGACCCAAUGCCAGUGUUGGAGAAUAAGCUACCAAAUUUAAGGUUUCUUAUGCUUGGUUUGGAUGCAUAUGUUGGUUCUGAAAUGGUUUGCUCUGCCCAUGGAUUUCCAAACUUAGACACUCUUCAACUCACUACAUUGUUUAAGUUAAGAGAGUGGAUAGUAGAGGAAGGUGCGAUGCCGAGUCUCAAGAAAUUAACCAUUGACCAUAUUCAGAAAUUAGAGAUGAUUCCAGAAGGCUUGGAAUUUGUGACUUCCCUCAAAGAAUUGGAAAUUGUUUCGAUGAGCUAUUCCUUCUGCGAGAAGCUUCAAAUGAAAAACGGAAUUGAAGGACAGGAUUACUACAAAAUCCGACAUAUACCCUCCAUCUCUUUUAAUAUGUGUACUCAAGAUUAAUUUUAUGUAUUUUUUUUUUUUUUUUAAAAGAUCAUUUGGAAUUUUUUUUGUUUUUUAAAUUUUAUUUAUGUGAUGCUCCAAAUUUUUUUAAGUAUUUAUUAAAUACGACUUCUGCUGGUUUGUUUGGAAAAAUCCCGUUCUUUGUAUA